GUGUUUGGUUGUUACAAAAAGAUCACUUACGUGUAUAGCACCUCCCAGAUCACUCUGUGCUCUUACGAGGCCGGAUAACAGCGUUCAGAAUUCUUCUUAAGAAAACAGGAAAUGAAGUUCUUUAUUUCGUUGCUGAUAACUCUGGCAGUGGCAGAUUCAUUUCCCUUGGAAAAUGAAGAAAACACCGCGCCAGAAACGGAGAUUUUAGGGCCCCGUGUACAAGAUACUGAUGAUCUAAGGAUGCAACCCAAGAUACCCAUGAUUGAAACACCUCUGAAUGAUCCCUCUCAACAAAAGGAUUGGGAUGGCAACGUUGAUUGGUCGCCUAGGGGUGUCAAUGUUGGUGGAAGAAAAGAAAAUGUUAAAAGGGGUUGGAACAUCGGUGGCAGUAUUGGGAAGAGCAAUGGCAGAUCGAGUUGGGGCAUCAAUGGCAAUAUUGGAAAGAGCAAUGGCAGAUCGAGUUGGGGCAUCGGUGGCAGUAUUGGGAAGAGCAAUGGCAGAUCGAGUUGGGGCAUCAAUGGCAAUAUUGGAAAGAGCAAUGGCAGAUCGAGUUGGGGCAUCGGUGGCAGUAUUGGGAAGAGCAAUGGCAGAUCGAGUUGGGGCAUCAAUGGCAAUAUUGGAAAGAGCAAUGGCAGAUCGAGUUGGGGCAUCGGUGGCAGUAUUGGGAAGAGCAAUGGCAGAUCGAGUUGGGGCAUCAAUGGCAAUAUUGGAAAGAGCAAUGGCAGAUCGAGUUGGGGCAUCGGUGGCAGUAUUGGGAAGAGCAAUGGCAGAUCGAGUUGGGGCAUCAAUGGCAAUAUUGGAAAGAGCAAUGGCAGAUCGAGUUGGGGCAUCGGUGGCAGUAUUGGAAAGAGCAAUGGCAGAUCGAGUUGGGGCAUCGACGGCAAUAUUGGAAAGAGCAAUGGCAGAUCGAGUUGGGAAUUCAGACACCAUAGCAAUUCUUCUUAUUAUCUACCACACAAUUCUUAUGAUGUUAGUUCGGAGAAAUUCUCUCUUGUUGAUUUAAAAGGUAAUAGUGAUGUGAUUCGUCUAGGAAUUUUUUAG